GAUCUAACAUUUUAGUAAUCCGACAUUGAAAAGACAAAGCGCAGUGUUUCGUAGGAUACCUAAACAAAAUUUGCAAACGAAAAAAUAAUAAUAUUGGAAAUUAAAUUUCAACAAUGAGUAAAUUCGAAACUUCUGAAGCAUCGGUAAAUCAUACGUUUGAUACUGGGAAUAUUGCAUCUGCAGAUAUGGAAUUUAUAAAAAAAGAACUGAAAUAUUUGCGAAGUGCAAUAGACAAACAAAAUAAUUCAAUUUCAACAAUAACUACUUUGUUGCGACAGUUGAUAAAAGAAGAAGUUGUUUUGAACGACCAUCAUGAAAAACUCAACUUGCCUGUAGAAACUGAAACGGAUUUGGAAGGUCUUGAAAAUGAAGUUGCAGAAAACUUUGGAAAAUAUCAGGAAACAUUCAGAGAUUUGGUUUUUGGACGUGGUGGGCUGGAAAAAAACCUUAAACAUAUAAUAUCUGCAGAAGUUGCUUUACAUUAUAAUUGGGAUGGAACAACUGGCAAAAAGGCAUUCAAAAAUUUCAAGAGCAUUAACGAAGCAUUAUUUAAUGCUGUGAAACCAGAAAUUACGUCAUCUGAAGUUUAUAAAAAAGCUAUUCGACAAGGCUUGAAGAGAAUUAAAAAUCUACAUUUUAAAAGAAUAUCGUUACAAAAAAAGCAGGAUUUGAAAGUGACAAUUAUCGAUAGUCUUUCACUUUAAAUAUGUUUUUAUUUUUGUAAUACAGGGUCCAACAAAAAGAUGGGUCAGGCAAAAAGAUCUAACAUACCUAUUUUAAAAGGAAAUGAAAAAUAAGUAAAAAAUAUUACACAAAAAAAUGUUAUUGAAUUUUUAAAUUAAGUACUAUGUCAUUUCAUUAAAUAAAAUAAUUGAUUAGUUUGAAACAUUACCAUUUUAUCUAUAAAUAGCUUUAAAUAUAAACGUCUAAAAAUACGGGAGUUUUUUUGCCGGUCUCUGUAUGAAACAAUUCCUAAUAGUUUUUAUGAAUAAAGAAUUUUGUUUAAUUAAACAGUA